GCCUGGUCACCAUGGAGUCUGGCAGAGUUUGGUCCAGAUAUCAGAGGACGGUGCUGAUCACAAUGAUGAUGUUCAAGCUGGGAUUACUGUGCACAGCAGCAGCAGACAGAUGUUUAUCCUCUCCUUGCAACAAUGGUGCCACAUGUAUCGACCACRGGGCAACUGUACCAGUGAACUUGGGACGGAUCGGUUCACCUGCCAGUGCCCAGAUGGCUUCACAGGGAACACAUGUGAUCAAGAUGUAGAUGAAUGUCAGAGUGACCCCUGCAGUGAUGUUAAGUCCAACUGUGUGGACAAAGUCAAUGGGUAUUCGUGCCACUGUCCUCUUGGUCUGGGAGGUGACAACUGCCAGGAGGACGUAGCCACUUGCUCAGAGGAAACAUGUCAGAAUGGUGCUACUUGCCUGAACAUCCCUGACCAGGGCCCUCAGUGCCAAUGUGCUGCUGGAUUCCAGGGGAAUAACUGUGAGGAGAAUAUUGAUGAGUGCUGGUCUGACCCCUGCCAAAACGGAGCCAUCUGUAAAGACAGAGUUGAUGGCUACCAGUGUUUCUGUGUGCCUGGAUUUCAGGGCUAUCAUUGCGACCUCGAAAUAAAUGAGUGUGCCUCACAACCCUGUCAGAACAGUGGCACAUGUCUGGAUUUGGUGGAUCACUACAUGUGUGACUGCACUCCAGGUUUUAAAGGCAUCAACUGUGAGGAGGAGAUCGAUGAGUGUGAGUCUCUUCCCUGUCAGAACGGCGCCACCUGUCUAGACCAUGUUGCCUUGUACUCGUGUGAGUGCAUGGCAGGUUUCCAGGGCCAGGAUUGCGAGGUCAACAUUGAUGAAUGUGCCAGCAUGCCUUGUCUGAACAGGGGCAAGUGCAAUGAUAGGAUCAACAGUUAUCAGUGUGACUGUGACGGGACGGGCUUCACUGGUGACCACUGUGAAAACGACAUCCUGGAAUGUGCAUCUGAUCCCUGCCAGCAUGGAGCCACAUGCUCAGAGGGAAUCAACCAGUACAUGUGCCUCUGCUGGCCAGGUUAUGAAGGAGAGAACUGCCAGGUGGAUAUAGAUGAGUGCGAACAGAAUCCAUGUGAAAAUGAUGGGGAGUGUUUCCAGCGCUCGGUUCUCCAGAACUAUGGGACGCUUCCUGAACUGACAACAGCCAACUUCAGCUACAACGUAGCAGCUGGCUUCAUUUGUCGCUGCCUGCCAGGAUUUGCAGGAGAUAACUGCUCAGUCAAUGUGGAUGAAUGUGAGUCUGCUCCAUGUCAUCAUGGCGGGAGUUGUCAGGAUCAGAUCAACUCCUUUCAGUGUGUGUGUCCAAAGGGUUUCACAGGUGUUCUCUGCGAGGUUGACAUCAAUGAGUGUGACAGCAAUCCCUGCCAGAAUGGUGCCACGUGUGAGGAUGCUGCCAACUCCUACAGGUGUCACUGCCCCACGACAGGGCGGGGUCAGGAACCCUGGGGGGGGCGUGACUGUGACGUGAAGUUGCUCGGCUGCCGGCAGCACCAGUGUCAGCAUGGGGCAACUUGCGUCCCCAUAUUAAACAUUGCCGGAGGUCACAGUUACAUCUGCAUGUGCUCCCCUGGCUGGGGCGGAGAACGCUGCAACACCCUAACCACCUUCUCCUUCAACAUAGAGGGCUAUGUUCUCAUGCAGCUGCCUGUUUUCAGGAACAAGACGAAACGAGAGGCUGUCGAAAAAAUCCAAGCACUGCACAUGCAGCUUCGUUUCAGGAGUACUCUACCCAACAUGAUGCUGUUCUACCGGGGCACAAUGGAGCGUUUCCUCUCCCUGGAGCUUGUUGACAGSACUCUGCAGGCUACGCUGAGCUCAGGGAARGUACUGAAGGUGGUUUACCCCAUCCCAGUCAAUGAUGGAGAAUGGCAUCAGGUGACUGUAACCAUGGAUGAUGGGUUGGUUAUGACUGUGACAGGUCCUAGUUGUAAGGARGAAUGCCAAGUGAGGAAUGAAGGUCACAACCAUCUAAUUUUCCUCCAGCCUAGAUUUUUCCAACAGCUCUUCAUAGGAGGAAUACCUCGGAAUUACUCUUCUCAGUUAUCCAGUGGGAAGGGGUUCAUUGGCUGUAUGGAAGACCUUAAAGUUGACCACACACUGCUGCUACCUCAGGACCUCAUUAGGGAGGAAAACAAGGGCUUGGAACUCGGAUGUUCCAAAAGGGACUGGUGCUCUGAGGGCAUCUGCUCGGAGCGAGGGCAGUGUGUGGACAUGUGGGUUCGUGCAAACUGUGUGUGUCAUCGGCCAUAUUAUGGCAGCCGCUGUGAAAAAGAAUACCAGUCAUGGACCUUUGGCCAUGAGAACACCAGCAGCUACUCUUCUGUCAACAUUUCAAACAGCCAUGGAGAAAACUUCACCAUUUCCUUCUUAAUGCGUUCCCUAAAACACAGCGGCCUGCUCCUGCAGUUCCACCGAGAGGGAAAGUCCUAUCUGACGGUCUAUCUGAAGGAAAGCACUGUUGCCAUCUACAGUCCUCACACAACUCUGCUGUCUGAGGUUAAGCAAGUCACUGAUGGAAAGAAUCAUUUAGUGACCAUAAAGAUCAUCAAUGGUCAUGUGGUUUUUCCUAAAGCGGGGAACCACCGUGCCUUAGGCAACCUGAGCGUAGAAGCAGGAGAUGUGGCAUUUGUUGGAGGGCUCCCUGCAGGCAGGAACAUGAAUGCCUGGGGUGGAAACUUCAAGGGCUGCCUUCAGGACAUCCGGCUAGAUGACAAACAAAUGAGUUUUGGGGAUCAUCUGGAGGGUUUGGAGCCUUACCAAUCCRCCACGGUGAAUGUGCUUCAAGGCUGUCGSAGUGACAACACAUGCAAGGAUAACCACUGUUUAAAUAACGGACAAUGUCAGGUCACUUGGAAUGACUUCACGUGUGUGUGCCCCAGUAACUUCUCCGGCCGGCUGUGUGAAACCCGCCUGUGGUGCAUUGAGAAGCCAUGUUUUGAGGGAGCAAUCUGUGUGGGUCUAACAGAUGGUUACGAAUGUUUAACAGAAGCUGUUUUUCAGCACAAUUCUCUUCAGUUUGUUGCCAAUGGCUCCCUGCUGAACCCUGUGACCAACAUCACCAUGACCAUACGGACACGGGAUGAAAAUGGGAUCUUAUUGCGUUCUCAAGGCAGAGAAGAGGUUUUUUGUUUGGGUAUAUUAAACUCUAGCCUGCUGGUCAAGCUGGACAGUGGACCAGGUGAAGAACUGCUGGCCUUAAUGAGUGACAGGACCAUUGCAGACGGGGCAUGGCACCAGAUCCAGUUCAGUAUGGUCAACCCUCUCUUUUCAGUGUCUCGUUGGCAACUCACAGUGGAUGGACAGAAAGCUGGUGGCAGCUUUGGCGUUGGAAGAUAUCUCAACUUCAUGAAUAACAGCAAAGUUUGGCUGGCAGAAAAUUACACUGGUUGUUUACGGGAAGUGAGAAUAGGUGGUGUCUACCUGCCUCUUCAAAAGGUACCAGAUGCCCCUCAGCGAAGCCGGUUUUCCAUGAUCAGUGGACUUCAGCCAAUCAUUGGAUGUCAAGGUGCACCAGUUUGUGAUUCCCAGCCCUGCCUUAACCACGGACUCUGUCAGGACCAGUUUAACGAGUUUAACUGCAGCUGUAGCCCUGGAUGGGAAGGCAACCUGUGUGAGAAUGAGAUAAAUGAGUGCUCUUCAGCUCCCUGUGUCUAUGGUUCCUGCACAGACCUCAUGGCAGACUACCAGUGUACAUGUGAUCCUGGAUAUGAUGGGAUCAACUGCCAGAACGAAGUGGAUAACUGCCUGGAGUUCAGCUGUGUUAACGGAGGAGUCUGUGAAGAAAUUGUUGGUACUCAUACAUGUUCAUGUCCUCCUGGGUACAAGGGCACACGCUGCCAAUGGCGUUUCCCUCCAGUAGCUUGUGAUGCAAGCAAGGAUUGUCUCAAUGGUGGAGUCUGCAUAGGAGGCAACUGCACCUGCAAACCUGGAUACACCGGCGUCAGUGGACUGGUGGUCUGUCCAGAGUGUACCCCGGCUCUCACCCGUCGACCGCACUGGCAACCCUCACAACCCUCUUUCUACACCUGGGCCUAA